UGGGACGUGGACGGAGGCAGGGCAGAGGCUCGCGAUAUUUUAAGAGUCCCGGCAGUGAUGCGUUGUCACGGAGACGGAGGAGUACAACUAGAACGCAUGCCUCAAUUUGAUACCCUCGUCACGUGGAGGGGUGGAAGAUGGCGACAGUUCAGGCCGUGGAGGAGAUUCGGAACCGCGUGGUUCUAGGGGAGUUCGGGGUUCGCAAUGUUCAUACCACCGACUUCCCCGGUAACUAUUCGGGCUAUGACGAUGCCUGGGACCAGGACCGCUUCGAGAAGAAUUUUCGUGUGGAUGUGGUACACAUGGAUGAGAGCUCACUGGAGUUUGACAUGGUGGGAAUCGACGCAGCCAUUGCCAAUGCUUUUCGGCGCAUUCUAUUAGCUGAGGUUCCAACCAUGGCUGUGGAGAAGGUCCUGGUGUACAACAACACAUCCAUUGUCCAGGAUGAGAUUCUCGCUCAUCGCUUGGGGCUCAUUCCCAUUCAUGCUGAUCCCCGUCUUUUUGAAUAUUGGAACCAAGGAGAUGAGGAAGGCACAGAGAUAGAUACUUUGCAGUUUCGGCUGCAAGUCAGGUGCACUCGGAACCCCCAUGCUGCUAAAGAUUCCUCUGACCCCAACGAACUCUAUGUGAACCACAAAGUGUACACCAGGCACAUGACAUGGGUGCCCCUGGGGAACCAGGCUGACCUCUUCCCAGAGGGCACUAUCCGACCAGUGCAUGAUGACAUCCUCAUUGCUCAGCUGCGGCCUGGUCAGGAGAUUGACCUACUCAUGCACUGUGUUAAGGGCAUUGGCAAAGAUCAUGCCAAGUUUUCACCUGUGGCAACAGCUAGUUAUAGGCUGCUGCCAGACAUCACCCUGCUUGAGCCUGUGGAAGGGGAUGCAGCUGAGGAGUUGAGCCGGUGCUUCUCACCCGGUGUUAUUGAGGUGCAGGAAGUCCAAGGUAAAAAGGUGGCCAGAGUUGCCAAUCCCCGGCUAGAUACCUUCAGCAGGGAAGUCUUUCGGAAUGAGAAGCUAAAGAAGGCUGUACGGCUUGCUCGGGUUCGGGACCAUUACAUCUUCUCUGUUGAAUCAACAGGGGUGUUGCCACCUGAUGUGCUGGUGAGUGAGGCCAUCAAGGUACUCAUGGGGAAGUGUCGGCGAUUCUUGGAUGAACUAGAUGCCAUUCAGAUGGACUGAAGUUUGCACCACAUUUAUUGGAUGCUUCUGAGGCAAGCUGAAGAUUGUGAAUUCUGACCUGCCCCCACAGGACUGCUGUAGAGAACCCAGUAUGACUAAGGGUCCCAGGUUUUUUGAGACAAUCCCAGCCUCAUUUUCAGUCAAUACAUGUGUUAAAUGUGUCACAAAAUGUGACUUCAUGCCUUUGUAAGGCUUUACUAUAAAUAAAUUCACAU